AUGGGCCAAUGCCAAUCCUUGCAAGUUUCUCACCCCGUGGAGGAAGAGUGCCACCAUAAUGAUCACCGUGAAUGCGUGAAGAGCAGUAGUCUUGAUGGCAGCAAGCCCUGCAGGACAAAGUGCCCCAAUUCGUCCUCCCCUUCGUCUUCGGUGACUGCCAGCACUACUUGCACCGCGGCUCGGCUAUCGAAUGAUUGGGGAAUCCCUGACUGUUCCGAGACAUCUCAUUCCACGCAAGUGAUGCCACUCAUGGCUAAGAAGAAGAGUACCAGAAUACAAGUCCAAAAGACCACAGAACCAUCCUCCGCUCCAGUGGCCCCCGUCACUGUCACUACUGAAAGCGCCAAGACGAAUGUCAACCAGCAACUCUCAGACUCGGCACACCGAAGAUCUACUCUGGCAUACCAAUCAGCCCGACGACAAGAACUGGAACGAGAAGCAUCACGUCGUCUCGCAGCCAACCAAAGCUGCUACUCCAGCAGUACAACUCCUUCUUCUUCUUUCGUAACCAAAAAGACCAACAGUCGACCAGCCCUUCGUAUGCCUCCCUCCUCCAACAAGACAACCGCCAACCGACGACCCAUGCUCGCCCGGGCAGACUCCUGGUUUACGCUCUCCUACGCGAGUGACUCGGAUAUGGGGGUCCACGACCUGGAAGAUUACAGUUACAGUGUCAACAACGACGACACUGCAGUGGAGGAACCCUCCGACAUGCUCAGUUCUUGGAGUGCUAUGGAUGCCAACAAUCACAGUAGUGUUGACAAUCAGAGGAAUGGCAAUACUACCACGACUACCAAUAGCAUUCGACGACGCCAAGAAGCACUGGCGGCAUGA